ACGUAAAAUUCGUCAGUCGCUCGCGGCGCGUCUCGGGCGCUGGUCGUAAAUAACGUUGAUAUCGAAAGAGAGAAAGAAAGAAAAACCCGCGGUGAAAAAUAAAUCUCGUCGAGACUAGCAAAAGGAGCGUCGUCGAAAUGGCUUCUUUCGGUGCAGUGUUAGCGUUAGCGGGGUUUUUAACCCUUGCCUUGUCACCGGGGAGGACGCGGUGCGCCGCCGAUCAGCCGGAGAGUUUUACCACGAAAAUGCGCGUUAUAAACGAAAAUCUGGACCGCCAAUUGAGCCGAAUAAUGGCAUCCGAGUCGGUCAAUUACUCGGUGAUAGACACCACCGGAAUUCCCUACGGAGCCUCCACCGAAUUCAAUCCAAAGGGAAUGGGACAGCUCUACAACGUCACCAAUCUCUUCAUCGAUUUCAUUCAGGAUAAACAGGCCUACCCCGAGGGAAUGAUAACGCUCGAAGAUGGUCAACCUAAAUUUGCGGAUCCCGUAAAAGAGUGGAAAAUAAUUGUCACACAUUACGGUGGAGUAGCUGGUCUUGCGAUAACUGGACUUUUGUUAGCCGCUAUCUUGCCUUGCGUUGGACUAUUUUUUUGUUGUUGUCGUUGCGCCGGACACUGUGGAGCCAGGAGUCAACCGUUUGACAAAAAGCACGAUCAUUGUAGAAAGAUUAUGCUGAGCAUAGUUUUGAUCGGCGUGGCCACUAUUUUACUAUUUGGCGUGGUAUGUGCAUUUGUAACGAACCAAUAUAUGCAGGAUGGUACCGACGAGCUGCCAAUUAAUAUAAAAACUAACUUGAAUGACGUUAGAUUAUAUUUAGGUGUAACAAAAAAAGAAAUAAAUAAUUUACUCGAACAAAAUUACAACGAACUUGAAGUUACGUUAAAUAAUAUUCUACAAGCUUGUGGAAAAAUAGUUACCGAACAACUAGCUGAAUAUUCCAACGCAGUUUCUCUGACUACUUUGAACAACAUUGUAUCCGGACUCGGUGCUAUUCGACACGAUUUAAACAAUAUCAAAAGGAUUACUCAAGGAUUAAGAGAGAACGCUACAAAAUUAGAUUUUGCUGUGAGAAACGUGAAGAAAAAUUUACUCCGUACCUUGAAUGAUUGCACCACCCGAUACUGCAAGCAGGUCUUACAGGAAUAUGACGUUAACCAAAUGUCUGUGCAAGUUAAUUUUGACAAGUACUUGGAUAGAUACUUCCCAAAGCUUCAGUCUUUGCCUGACGUUACGCACGCUCUUCGAAACAUCACUCUGUUAAUGGAAGACAAUAUCGUAUCGGAAGUCAGCCAGGGAAAGGAAUCGUUUAUGAAAAUUCAAAAAGAUAUUCAACACGCCGUUAAUCAGACGAUUCCAGUGGUCAGCGCCAGCAUAAGAAGAGCUGGCGACUCUUUGUCCGGCGUUUCUAACAACAUUACAUCUUUGCUUGAUAAAAUUAGUUUGAAUAUUCCACAAGUCGAUUAUGUGGCUACACAUAUCAACCAGUAUUCACCGUAUCGGUACUACGUCGGACUUGGAAUAUCAGCUAUAUUAUUGACGGUGUUGAUUUGUUUGACGUUUGGCCUCCUCUGCGGGGUUUGUGGAAAACGACCCGACGGCUAUGGAGAUGAUUGUUGCAACAAAGGUGCUGGCGCGCGCUUCUUGAUGAUGGCUGUGUGGAUUAUUUUUCUACUUACGAGUAUUUUGAUGAUCGUGACUGUGGCUCACAUGGUCACAGGGGUUGUGGUCCAGCGCGGAAUUUGCGAGCCGCUCAAAAAUCCGAAUGACAAUAGAAUGUUCAAUUUGGUCGACGAGUUUCUUCAAAUAAGAUCUAAACUAUACCCUAACAAUCCAAACGUCGAUAUCAACAUGAGUUACAUCGUCACAUCGUGCCAUGCGAAUGAAACUCUAUACAAAGUAUUGAAAUUGGAAAAUUUGUUCGAUUUAAACAACCUUCGCAAUUACGCCGAACGCUACGACAUCAAUAACACCAUACAACAACUGCGCAAGAAGAUUAACCUCUCCCCCGGUGUAGUUAUUCUCAGCGAGAGUGCCAAGUCCAAACUCUCUGAUCUGGCUCAGAGCGGUCUAAGCGAUAUAGCUUUCUACCAGUACACCGAACUAUUGGAGUACAAUAUCACUAACAUAAAUGUACAACAUCUUGCGAACAAGUUGAGAGAUGUAUCGGACAAAUUACCGGAAGGACAGGAGGAAGUGCAAGCCAGUCUAGAGCAGAACGCACUCGCCUUGGAAGAUUCUCACAAAGUUUUAGUCACGCCAAUGACGUUCUACAGCAGACAGCUCAGCGAGAAUGCUUUGACGUUGCAAGAGCACAUAAAGUUCAACCACAGUUCGAUGGCGGAUGCGAUACAUGAUCUGGUCAACGAAGUAACCGUUGCGCAACAGUUCUUGAACAAAGAUGGCCCGCAAUACGUCAAGGAUCUUGCAGUGAAAUUCGGAGAAGCCAUACUUCACCAAGUGGAUGAUUUUAUGGAUUACGUGACUGCUAGUGGGAUUGACAGAGUUGGUAAAUGCGGACCGCUAUCCCAAGCGUAUAAUGCAACGCUUGUCGCUUCGUGCAACAAAAUCUUGGACCCAUUCAACGGAUUUUGGGCAAGCGUUGGUUGGUGCUUAAUUUUGUUCAUUCCAACCAUAGUACUCUGCGUCAAGCUCAGCGCGCUCUACCAGAAGUCUGAUCCAUAUCCAGGCCCGUUGGUUGAAUCCGAAUAUUUGUAUGACGCGUACGCUGACAGGGAUAACAUACCCCUUGCCCACGUUCAUGAUAAGAAACAUGGUGCUCAUAGCAGACAUCACCCUGCAGCCUACGCUGAAAGUUACGAUGGCCCUGCGGUAGGAUAUAACGAACGGGAGAGGAUCUCCGACGCUCAUCAAAGUUCUUCUAAUCAUGAUUCAAGAUAUUCAGAUCUUGCGCCCAAUUCCGUCUUACCACACAAGCUUUACAGUAAUUUAAAUUUCUACCAUCCAAUGCUACAAAGACCACAAAUUUAUUCAAUCUCUGAUAAUAUUCAGGAAAUUGGGAUUUCCCAAAUGGGGGACCUCCUAGAUACCAACCGGCGGCUGCAGCAGCCCCACCCCUCAGCACCGAAUAUGAGCGACCUCCUCCCUACUACUACCCUGGACCUGGGGACAGAAAUUAGGAAAUAGGUGCCGUGGCAUGUACAAAGGCAGCACUGAGCAGUGCGGCGACGCACAGUUUAACGAGAAGCUACAAAAGAACCCUGAGACAGAAGGAUAAAUCAAAGAAUAAACGGGACUACGUCUAACAUCGGGGUUAAAAAUAAAACAAAAGCAACAAAAUAUCGAACAAAAAAAGAACAAAAAACAAAACUUACUCAUGCCACGAACAAUAAUAACACCAAAUUCAAAGACCAAGAUUUAUACUAAUAGAAUGUUUUAAGGUGAUUUGUAAGCAGUACUAUUAUUUAUACAAUUAAUGAAAAGUUUUUAUUAAUUUUCAAGUGCUGAGAAAAAGUAUUACGCUUUUGUUGGUUCUUUCUUCUUUUUUGUUUUUUCUUAUUGAUUUUCUUGUUACCUAAAAACCGGAAAAGUAUUGCUUACAAAUGAGGUGCGAUAUUAAUUGUAUUAUAAGGGCUUAGAAAACAAAAAAAAAAAAAAAAAUGAUGCAUUUUAAGGAAAUAUAUGUGAGAAAACAAUGGUAGCGAUCUUCUUCUUCUCUUUUUUUUUUUCUGUAUCGCUUCGUGAUAAAUAAUUUGUUUGUUAAAUUUAAAAAAAAAAAUAAAUAUAGUAUAUAUAAUUUCCAUUCAGUUCCUAUUGCAACAGAUUUACAAAAGUCGAUCAUUCGAUAUUUAAAUCAUUACCUUGAUCAUGAGAUGAGCAUUUAUCUGAGAACUAUAAAUUAAACAAAAAAAAAGAAAGAAAAAACCUAUUGCAAUAUGUUAUUCAUUUGUUUUUUUAUUUUCGUUAAUAUUUCAUUAGACUUUUUCAUCGUUUUUUCACCGUCGGACAAAAGCCAUAUUAAUAUGCCAAACAAUUUUGUAUAUAAUUUGUACGAUCUGAAUUAUAUUUUCAGAUAAUUCAAAUUGUCUCGCUCGAUCUUAUACCUUGAAACGUAAGAUUUUCUAUCGCCGUUGAAAGGGAAAGAAAAGAGGCAUUGUAUUAAAAAAAUUUUACAUUAAAUAAAAUUAAUUUUUCUAUUCAUUUGCGUUCCCUCGGUGUUAGAAAUAUUAAUUUUUCAAGAAAUAAGAUCGGUUAUUAUAAAUAAAUACUCUAUAUAGGUAUAUUGUAUAAGUAGACUUUUUACCAUUCUAUGACUUGAUUGUUAAGGAAUUCAAAGAUCAUUUUUACAUCAUCGGCUAGGUCAUCUUCUAUGUAUUUGUGUAUAAAAAAAAAAACAAAAGAAAAAGAAUGAAAAAAAAUAUAAUAAUAAUAGUAAUUAUUCUAAAAAAUGAUACAUUAAAAAUAGUAAUUGAAAAAAUUUCACUUUUACCUGUAUAAAACUGGUUGUAAAACUCAACCGUAUGAAUAUAAUAUACAUUAUAGUAAAAGCUCAAAUUUUCUGUCAUAAAAUAAACAAAUGUACAAUGUUAGGGCGUCGUGUCAAAAUAUUUCAAAAGUUUUAGACUGAAUAAGUCGAUAAAAUCUUUGGGCAGAUUAUUCAGCAGGUCCUUUCACUUAUGUGUAUUUCUUAAAAGUGUCGUACAUAUACAUAUAUAUUGUGUAACAAACCGAAAGAAGGAACGAAAAAGUAAAAAACAAGAAGGUAAUUAGAGAGAGAGACAUAAAAAGAAUAAAAAUAAAUAAAAUAAAAUUCGUUGGGUUUUCCAAGUUUAGUGAGAUUGUUCCUCGCGUUUUUUUCUUUCUGCAAAAAAAACCCAAAAAACAGAGAACGAAAUAAUAAUAAUAAUGAAUAUGCCGCCCAUGGAAUUUUAGAUGAAAAGAAAAUUAGAAGAAAAAAAAAAAUAAAUAACAAUUGACGAGAUUCUCUGAUUAAUGAAUGAAAAAAGCACAAAAUUCGUAAACCUUUUGACGAGGAACUUUUAAAAAAACAUAUAUUAAUAUUACAUAGAAAUGUAUACCGCAUAGCUGAUUCAAACAUAAUUUCAUCGUAGAUUAAAAUAAAAGAAAAACUUUUCAAGUAAUAAUAAUAAUAAUAAUAAUAACAAUAGUAAUAGUAAUAACGAUGAUAAAUAUGAAUAAUAAUAAUGAUAAUAAUAAUAAUAAUAAUAAUAAUCAUAUUGUAUGUAUGCGUACACGACUGAGAUGAUGAUGAUGAUGAUAAUGAUGAUGAUGAUGUAAUGUGGGUUUUUUAAAAUACGGACAGAGUGUAAUAAUUACAUUAAGAAAUUUUAUCAAUUAUGGAUGAUUGAAAGAAUUAGAAAAAAAAAAAAAAAAUUACACGAUGAACAAGAGUAGAAAAAAACAAUCUGUAUAAAAACAAGAAAGUGGUUCGGUAAUUGCUGUCGAUCAAAAUAAUCAUAAAACAUUAGUGUAAAACAUCCCUUUUUUUUUCUUUCUCCUUGUCUACCAACGAGGAAAUAUUGAAAAUUUUCAAACUUGUACAAUCAAAUCAUUGAAUUUCAAAUAUUUCGGUAAUUGCUCAAAAAAAUUUUAUCAAAGAAUGCGUUGUUUUUUUUUUCAUCUUUCAAUAACUUUUUUUGGCUGCCUAAAAUCAUUUGGGUAGGUUUCAUCACCUAUUUCAGAUUGACGAGUAAUAAAAAAUGAAAAAAAAAAAACAACACUCGUUCAGAAAAUUAAAUUGAAAUCAAAAAUAAAAAAAAUGACUUUACCAAACAACAAUAAUAAUAAC